AUGCCCUCCGAUUCCUUCGCUUCAUCCGUGCGAAGCGCUGAAUCUCCUCUUCGCAUCUCCACCUCCGUCGAUUCUUUGACCAACCCCUCGAGCUCCGAUUCUCCCCUCCCCAGUCCCAUCCGUCACGAUCAAUACCCUCUACUGACCUCCCGCUUCCGCCACUUGUCGCCCAAACGAGCCGCCAUCAUGAACGAGACAGGCGGCCAUCCUGGUGUGCGCAACCUUCUCGCUAGGUUCGAGAACAACCAGAACAACACUACUUCCCCUCCCUCCCGCGGUCGAUCUCCCGCUGGCUCCGAGCAUUCCGCAACUGCCAGACCCUUGUCCAAGGUGCGCGCUAGCUUCAUCGCUGUCGAUGGAGCCACCCAGCCGAACCCUGUCGCAGGGCUUCGCAGCGUGAGUGGUCGCAGCGAUAGCCCUGCUGCUCCCUCUCGGGUCAGGAGCUUCAAUUCGGAGGAUUUCGAGGGUGGCUUGAGAAGUCCGUUGUCUGUGUCACCAACCAGCAACGGCUUCCCUCAGAAGAUCACCGAACAGCCCGUUGCGGCCUCGGACACAUCGCAGAAUGAUGUGUCUGAGAAAGUUGAGCCUGCCCCGGUAGAGCCCGAAAAGCCCUCAGAAGAGGUCAUCGAGGAGACCCCUGCACCUGCUGCUCCUCCUGCUGCUACGCCAGCCCCAGCUUCUCCUAUUAAGGCCAGCAAGGUCUCCACCCCUAAGCCGACGCCGACCAAGACAGUCACAAAGCGACCAUCCACUAUCCAGGUGGGAAAGACGGCACCCAAGCCUGCUUCCAAGUCGCCAGCGCAACCCCGUACCCCCACCUCUCCCGCCAAAACCGAGGACAAGACUACUCGGACUACACGGGCGGUCCGGCCGACGGCGACGAAGACUGCGACCCUCGAAGCCCCCAAGGUCGCACACAAGCCGAGCCGGACAUCCCUGAACACUGCGACGAAGCCCGUCACCAAGCCUGCACGGCCCUCUGUGCCUGCUCGCGACCUGACGAAGCCGACAGCCUCGACCGCAUCUCGCACCACCAAAGCGGCCGCCAACCCCACUCGCCCGGCUUCGACAACGGCGUCGACUUCGUCUACCGCCAAGAAGACCACCACGUCUACUCUGACCCGCAAGCCGUCCACUCUGAAGAGCUCGACCACUGCAACCCAGAAGCGCGCGAUCACUCCGACCGCUUCCACCGCGCGCAAGCCGUCGUCUCGUACCUCCCCUCCUAGCGGAAGCGAACGCCCUCAUUCCCGUGUGAGCAACACGAGUUCCAGACCGGUUGACGAGGGAUUCCUGGCUCGCAUGAUGCGCCCCACAGCUAGCUCUGCUAGUAAGACGCACGACAAGGUUGAGGUCAAGAGCCCUCCGCGGGCCACCAAGCCGGCCCGGGCGCCUAGACGAGUUCCCUCUAAGCUGGAUACCCGCACGUCCCGUCCGACCAAGGUCGAGCAAGGCAAGCCGCUGGAGAAGCCUGCGCCUGAGGCGAAGGCCGAGCAGCCGGUCGAGGUCGUUUCUGAGGCCCCUGCUGUCCCAGAGAAGCCUGUUGAGGUUGUCGAGGAAGCUCCCGCGCAGGAGCCUGUGCUGGAACCCGUUCAGGAGCCCGUUGAGACCUCCGUCGAGCCUGAAGCUGAAGCUGCCGCUCCCGUCGCCGAGGCUGCCCCUGAAGUCGAUGCUACCGAGGUUGCUGAAGCCGCUGAGGAACAAGCUACCGACCUCCCUGCGGUUGCUGAGACUGAGCCCGUUGCUGAGGCCACCGUGCCGGCGGAAGAGCCAGCCAUUGAGGUGCCCGAGACUAAGGAGGUCACUGAGCCCGAAGCUCCUGCUAAGGAAGCUACUGAGGCUUCUACUGAGGUUGUCGCCGAGGCUCCUGAGGUUGUCGAGGCCCAGUCGGGCGAGGUUGAUGUUGACAUGGGCAAGCUCUCUCUCAACUGA